AUGGCCUGCGCAUCCGUGGCCCCAGAGGCCAAGAAGCCUAACACUAUCACUGUCAAUGGUUUCCGGAUAUCGACCCAGAAACUCCCCAUCCUCAAGUCCGACCCGAUUGAAGAAAUGACCCAGAAGCUCGGUAUCGCUCCGCCGGAAAUGAUCUUCGGCGAUAACUACGUGGCUAUUGAGUACGAGAAAGGGGAUUGGGGUAUCCAAUUUAAUGCUUUUGAUGCUUUGGACAAGGUAGACAAGACCGGCCAAUCUAUGUUGCAGGUCGCAUACUCGAGAGAGUGGCAGAAGAGCCGAGAAAAGACACAUGAAGGCAUCAAAGAAAUCGUGAAGCCGUUCGACUGGUCAUACAGCACCGACUACCAGGGUACCCUCCACCCCAAGGCGCGACCAUUCGAGCCAACGACGAAGCCCAUUCCCAUUGAACUGCUUAAGCGCCCAGACCCCAUUUUAUUCUUUGACGAAGUAGUGCUCUACGAGGACGAGCUCGCCGACAAUGGAAUUACAAUGCUUUCUUGCAAGAUCCGAGUGAUGCCAGGGCGACUUCUUCUAUUGACGAGGUUCUUUAUGCGACUGGAUCAUGUUCUCAUUCGUCUUCGAGACACACGUAUUUACGUCGAUUUCGAGACCAAGGAAGUAAUUCGAGAAUAUCUUUCCAAGGAAUGUGAAUAUGAAAAGAUUCGCGAGAAACUCGCAGCAACUAGGGACGAUAUCCCAGCCUUUAUGAGGGACGCAAACCGACUUUCCGAGGUACUGCCCGUUGUAGAACAUCGCACUGAGCGGUUGGUGCUAGGCGAUUGA